AUGGUGAUUGCUAAGAAAUGGGUGUUAGUAAGAGAGUUUGUAGGAAAACCAAAGAACGGCGACUUUUCUCUGGAAGAAGAAAUAUUACCAGACGAGGUCAAUGAUGGAGAGGUGCUGUGUGAGGCGUUAUACCUGUCUGUGGAUCCUUACGUGAGGUUCUUGUGUAAUGUGAUGAUGAAGCCAGGAGACACUGUGGUCGGGGAACAGAUCGCCAGGGUUACCACCAGUAAAAACCUUAAAUACUCAGUCGGUGAUGUCAUACGUCUGUCGUCCGGAUGGCGGUCACACACUCUCGUCACGGACGUAUCACAGAUAGAAGCCAUGCCUGAUCUGGGUGAUCUCCCUUUAUCAGUGGUUCUCGGAGCGGCGGGGGUAACCGGGUUGACCGCGUUCUUCGGCCUUGAGGACAAGCUGCAGCCUCUAGAGGGAGAGACAUUGCUUGUGAAUUCGGCUGCCGGAGCUGUAGGCAGCGUAGCCGGACAGAUCGCUAAAAUGAAAGGUUGUACCGUGAUCGGAUUCGCGGGGACAGACGAUAAAGUGGAAUGGCUGAAGGAACUUGGAUUUGACCAUGCCUUCAAUUAUAAGAAAGUCGAUGUAGAUGAUGCUGUAUCCAUGGCAGCACCUAACGGCGUCCAUUGUUACUUUGACAACGUAGGCGGAUAUUUAAGUACCCAGAUUCUCCCACACAUGCACAGGGGUGGACGUGUACUCAUCGUCGGAAGUAUUGCCACCUACAACGAUAUCGGAAAAUCAACAGGACCAUAUCCAUUUGAGGACAUCCUUAAAAAGUGUGUGAAUGUUAACGGCUUUUCCAUCUACGAUAUGUAUCAGAAAUGGCGGUAUGGGGAAGUGCAUUUGGUGAAGUUGUUACAACAGGGGAAACUGCGACACCGAGAGACAAUAACAGAGGGAUUCGAACUCAUGCCUAGUGCUUUCAUUGGACUGUUUGAGGGUACUUGCACUGGAAAGGCCCUUGUCAAAGCAUAG